AUGGAAGAUUUGUGUGAGCUACAGAGACCUCUGUUAGGAAACCAGAUGAAUAGCAAACCGUUUAGUCAUGUACUGAUUGGUGGAACCUCAGCCCAGGAGGGGCCUAUAUCUCCCCAUGACCUCUCGCCGAUCUGCAGCCAGCGGGGUCCAGGCAACUCUCCCAUCAGCACGGACUCCCAGUCGGUGCCACAGCUCCUGGACACAUGCUCACUGCAGAACACCGUGGAGUCUCUCUACUGUCCAAGCCUAAUGCCUCAUGUAGAUCCAAGGAUCUGGGCAAGCCUCAAACACUGCACUGAGACCACAUUCAUUGAGAACAGGCCCGGGGAUCAGGAGAUCAGAAAUUCCAUGGAGCCCAAGGUUCUGGAAUUGGAUGGCCAGGCAAAAGUUCCGACCGUUUCAAUUGAUGUGGAGGACCUUUCAUUUCCGGAAACCCAGAGUAAUUACUACAAUGACGGGGACAGUGAUAGUGACAGUGACAGCACACUCUCAUUCAACAUUCCCCAGGAUUAUCUGGGACUUGCCAUCUUUUCAAUGCUCUGUUGUUUCUGGCCAAUGGGAAUUGCUGCAUUUUACUUAUCACAGAAGACCAGCAAAGCCACAGCCAAAGGGGACUAUCGGCAGGCCAGCUCAGCCUCCAGGAAAGCUCUGUGCACAGCCAUCUGUUCUAUUGCUCUUGGGGUCUGCACCUACAUCGGAGGCAUGGUGGCUCUGGUGAUAUACAUGGCAAAGAACGGCCACUCGUAG